AUGGAAGUCUGUGACGCCUCCGCCAAAGUUCGUCUACGCGCACGCGCUUCCAGACGAGCCGUGCUUUCGAACCUCCUUCAACUCACCAACCUCACCCGCCUCUCCCUACCUGACGAUAUCCGCGUGGUGUCACCAGAUCCGCCUACCUUCUCAUUCCCCGAGCUGCCUUCUCUCCACUCACUCAAGUUCGGACAAUACAACGCUCCGUUCAACGUUUACUUUCCUCUCGAAACUCCCUACAGGCUGCUGAAACGGCUACAGCUUACCGAUUGCUAUCCUCACGAGCGUCUUCCAGACAGGAUCGGACAGCUGCUGCCAUGCCUCCAAGAGCUCAUUAUUUUUAACUGCAGAAGUCUCACUGAUCUGACCGAUGAGUUCUCCUCCCUCACCUGCCUGGAGAGCCUCACCAUUUCCACGUGCAGCGUGUUUUUUCUGCCCGGAAACUUUGGGAAUCUUACCGCAUUGAAAGCCCUGGUGCUGCGCAGGCUGCCGCUCCUCCACCUCCCUGCUUCCUUCACCAGACUCGCUCCUCUGGAGACGUUUCUCCUGGUGGAAUGCGAGGGGAUGGAGCAGCUACCUGCGGGGUUCGGAUCCCUCACAGCACUCCGGACGCUCAGCCUGGCUUGGUCUCCCACCCUGAACCUUCCGGAAGACCUCGGGAGUCUCGCCAACCUCCUCACCUUCCAUCUGAACAAGAACAGCCAAGCGCAGCUGCCGCUCACAUUCACUCAGCUAGCUUCGCUGACCAGAUUGGAGCUGGAUCAGUGUGGGAUUGCUGAUCUGCCAGAGGGAAUGGCGGAAAUGACAAACCUGCAGGAGCUUUACAUUCAGAACUGCCCGGCGUUGAACGCGCUUCCGGAGUUUGUAACCGCGCUGGUCGGCCUUGAAGUGCUGCGGAUCGAGGAGUGUCAUGUUCUCUCCGCGGUUCCCAGGAGGCUGGACAGCCUAACCCGUCUCACGCAGUUGGAGCUACGGGAGUGUUGGAUGCUGAACAAAGCCCCUGAGGCUCUGCCUCUCAGCCUGCGGGUUCUGUCCUACGAGAACAACCAGCAGGGGGCGUCGCUGCCGGACGUUUCAGCACUGACAGGGCUAACAGAACUGUGCUUGGGCACUGUGGGUGCAGCCUGUGUUGAGACCAUCAGUGAGCGUCUCUCCCGUGUGAUCCAUCUGCAGCUGGUAUUGGGAGAAGAGGCAGGGGAGGCUCUGCCUGCGUUGACAAGGCUUCCCCGCCUGCGCUCAUUGACACUCAGGGAGAUUCGCAGUGUGAACGAUCUGGUGGGAUCCGACGGCUGGGGAUUGCAGGAGCUGCGGCAGCUGAACCUCAUCACCUCGCGGGAGGAAUUCACAGAGCUGCCUGCGGCCAUCACCGCUCUCCACCGCCUCACAUCCAUCCAGAUCCUCGCGCCGAAGCUGUCCUCUCUUCCAGACACCAUUGGGUCAUUCCCAAGACUGCGCGAGCUCAACUUCUCUCACUGCUCAUCGCUCACGCAUCUACCUGCUUCUCUCACACUUCUAUCCUGCUUGUGUGAGUUGGAUGUGAGCCACACCAGCAUCAGGCUGAUUCCUCCUGGUUUCGCUCAGCUCAAGAAACUAAGGAAGCUCAGUUACCAUAACUGUAUCCACCGCCAGGCUCUGCCUGAUGACCUUAAUGAUCUGUAUAUGCUCAAUUUUUCUUACGAGGUAGGUGGUCCGCUGGGAGAGGGCGUGUGUGAUGGUAGGACCGUGAUGGUCCAUGCUGCCACGUCAUUGGCGCCGGUUGGUGCGUUGUUGGAAGAAGGCGAGGGGGAGGAGGAGGAGGAGGAGGAGGAGGAGGAGGAGGAGGAGGAGGAGGAGGAGGAGGAGGAGGAGGAGGAGGAGGAGGAGGAGGAGGAGCAGGAGGAGGAGGAGGAGGAGGAGGAGGGGGAGGAGGAGGAGGAGGAGGAGGAGGAGGAGGAGGCGGAGGAGGAGGAGGAGGAGGAGGAGGAGGGGGGUGAGUGGGGUGCAAGAAGAAGGUUGGAGCAUCCUGUGUGGAGGGAGGCCCUGUGA